AUGCUUUGCUCGGGAUUGAAGAAGGAUGGCACUUUUGCGGAGUACGCGAUUGUACCGUCGAGGGACAUGAUUCGACUUCCCGAGGGUGUUCUCGAUCAACUGAUAGCACCAAUACCGUCCCGCCGGGUUACGGCAUAUAAAGCCAUCAAAGUCAGUGAAGCAGCCCCCGGCCAACGGAUAGCCACCCCUAAAGGGGGAGGAGGGGCCAUGGGAUACCGAGUGACGGCCAUUGAUGUUGGAGAGACCAAAAAGGGGCAUUGCCUUCAGUUGGGCGCUGAGGCAUAUUUCGAUGCAAAGAAAGAUCGACGAAGUUGCGGUGCGAGCCUUGACAGGAGAUGGGGCAGCAACGGUUCUGGUGAAGGCGAACUCCAGCAAUGCCUACCAGUCUACCUUGGGACUGUCGAGAUGGUGAGCCUGGACGAUCUGAGUGACACUGCGAAGAAUCUUGGAAAGGUUGGAAGCCAGAGUUGA